AUGAUGGAGGCUCUAGACCAAGCCCUCGGUGCCUGGCUAUCUCCUCCUCCUGCUGUUGCGCCCGACUGUAUCAAGUGUGGCAAACCCACCGUAUGGGAUGUUACCAAAACCUCAAACCGCAAAGGGAAUGCUGGCCGACCAUACUAUAUAUGCAAGCCUCGUCGAAAAUUCCAUUGCUUCGCCGACACUCGCGGCAAUGAUCCCAGAAAUCCGGCUUGUUUCUGUGGUGUAUCUAGCAAGACACAGGUUUCUGGCGCAGAUAAAAAGACUGUCCGAGGAGUACACUACGUUUGCCGAAGGGGCAAGUGCGAUUAUUAUAGGCUUUGUUUGGACGACCAAAAUCAGCAAAUCUCCCUGCCGAAACACUCGUGGACUCUUUCGCUAGGCUUGGUAUCAUUUGAAAUGUAG